GAAUAAGAGUUGACUGCGCCGAGUGGCUAACGCGUUACGCCUAGAUUAAUACGUGGUGCAUUGGAAGCAUCCCGAAAAUUCCACCGGAUGUCUUCUUCGAUUAUUUCAAGAAUUUUUAAAGACUGUGAGAGAACAUUUCAGAUUUUUACCUGGUCCCGCGGAGUCAACAACGAGUUGUAAAUAAUCACCAGAGGGCCUCUGGAAGGCUUUGUGAGAAGAGAGGAUGGCGUCAAAAGCUCCUGCGAAGAAGAGUGAUCGAGGCGGGUCUAGCAGGGUCCUGGGGAAACUGAAGAAGAGCGUUGAAGAUGGCGAUUACUAUGAAGCCCAUCAAAUGUACAGGACCCUCUACUUCAGAUAUAUCACUCAGAAGAAGUAUGCAGAAGCCAUAGAAAUGCUCUAUUCAGGAGCAUCCCUUCUUCUACAACACAAUCAGCAUAUGAGUGGAGCUGAUCUCAGUCUUCUGUUGUUAGAGGCCUUGGAGAAAGCAGAAGCACCAAUCUCAAAAGAAAACAUUUCAAGGAUUGGGAGCUUGGCAAAACAGUUACCUCCCGAGGCUCCGGAGAGGGGGAAGUUUAUCGUGGCUGCCAUUAAAUGGUCUCAAAAGGAUUCACCCAACAGUCGGACUGGAGAUCCAGAACUCCAUAAAGAGUUUGCCAACAUGCUGUGGCAAGAAAAGAACUACUUUGAAGCCCGUUAUCACUUCUUGCGAUCUUCAGAUGGCAAGGGAUGUGCCUUAAUGCUCGUUGAGUACCAGCUCAGCAAAGGGUACGGAAGUGAGGCCGAUAUGUUCAUCGCUCAGGCAGUACUUCAAUACCUGUGUCUGAGGAAUAAGACUACAGCAUCGAUCACGUUGCAAGUCUACACUGAGAAUCAUCCAGCAAUCAAAAGCAAACCUCCCUUUAUCUUACCUCUCCUUAACUUUAUGUGGCUCCUACUACUUGCAAUCAAAACUCAGAAGUUGACGGCCUUCACCGUGCUCUGUGAGAAGUACCAACCCUCCCUCCAGAGAGAUCCAACCUAUGCAGCGUACCUUGAUAAGAUUGGCCAGGUUUUCUUUGGUCUACCUCCUCCCAUGCCGACUGGGAGACAAGGGUUUAUAGGCAAUCUCAUUUCAAGUCUGUUUGGUGGCGAUGGUGAUGAUGAGGACGACGAUGACGAAGGGCUGGCCUCAUCUCCACCAGCUUUCCUGGUCGAGGACUUGGAUUAAAACUUCAAGAUUUUAUUGUAUAUGAUUGCAGGACAAUAAUAAUAAGAGAUUUAUAUUCUUUUUUCUUAUAUUUAACUUAAAAAUGCGAUAUUCUCUUGUCUCUCUCUCUUUUCCUAUUUCUAUGCAUUUUCCUCCUCUCUUUCUGAGUCUCUUCUUCCUGGCCUUCUUCACUUUUCUCCCAUCACUCUUUUCUAUCCUCUCUCUCUCUCUGAUUUAUGGGUGUGAACAAUUUUGAAUGGUAUUCUCUUUUUCUCUUUUUUCUGAUUCUUUAUCCAUGAUCGGACUUCCAUUCAUAUAUCACUUUUGUGUAUAUUACAUGUGUUUUGUAAUUUGAUUCACUAUUCUAAAGCUUUCUCACAUAUUAUAAAGCUAACAAUGUCUAUGUAAUGUUCGGUAUGUGACAUUUUACACAAGAUGUUAUUUGUUUUGAUAUUUCAUAGUAUAUGUCAACUUAGUCACUUUUAACUAAUGCUGCAAAAAAUUAUUAAAAAAUAGAAAAUUUAUGACUUCAUUUCUUUGUCAUUCACUCUAAAUGCUACAAAUGUUUCUGUUAUUAGACAAAUGAUAUUAUUUCAGUUUGCCCAGCUAAGUUUCUAUUAAAGAUGAAAUAAGGAAAAGAUCAUUCCAGCUAUUUCUCUUAAAACAGUAAAGAGAAUUUCAGCUACAUCUUCUUGAAAUAAAAAGAGAAUUUCAACAAUUUUUUUUCAGAUGAGAGUAUAGGAAUUCCAGCUUGUUGCCUUCAGGGGCUGCUAGCAUGCUCACAAGGGUUUAGUAUAAAAAGGGGAAUGUAUAUAUAGAUAAAAUGUUUUGUUCAAAUAGUGACUGUCCCAGCUCAGACCUACAUGGACGUUUCUCUAUGUGAAUAAGCAAUUAGAUAACAAUUCAAUACAUUGCAUAUUUGCUAUGUACAUUGUACAUGUAUGACCUUUUUUCAAUAUGCUUUCAAAAUAUUGAUUUGGCUUAAAUCAAAGUUUUUAAUAGAUAUUUAAAAUUGAUCUCUUUAAAUAUCAUAAACUACAUUGAGUUGUAUUAUUUUGUGUGUGCUUUUGGUAUUUUGAAAUAAUUGUUACAAUUUUGUAUUUUCAACAAUACUCAGUGAUUUUUAAACAAAGAGUUUGGUGUCUAAGGCUCAUAAAAUUGGCAUUUAUGCUUUAAAAAAUGUUUUUUUUUACUUAAGCAACUUGUUAUUCAUUAUGUUUUAGAAAUGGCUAUUGGAAUCAUAGAAAUUAUUGUUUUUCACAGGGUCUGAUUACAAAUUUAUUGAUAUUUUGAGUGAGACAUUCACAUCUAUGUACUGUGAUUCUGGGAUGUUGUUCCAAUUUGCAUGUAUACUCAUAGUGAAUAGCUCAUUUUGUCAUUACACUGUGGUUUCAAAGAAAUAAGAAUGAGCAUAUUAAUAGGAUAUUAGGUAAUGAUGUGGCCUUUUGAAUAAAAUAUUUGUUGUGGCCUGAUUUUGUUUUAUAUAUGUAAAUUUGGUAAAAAUGUAUAUGUUAUAUUGAGGACUUGUUUUGAUUUCUUUAAAGUUGUGUUUAAUAUAUCCCGUUUUGUUUUUUGAGCAGCCUAUAAUUGGUGCGUCAUUGCUUCAUGCAAGCAAAUUAUUUAAGAUGAAUUUUGAUUAGCAUCCUCAUCCUGGCAAGGAGGCACAGUUGUGAAAAGGAAUGAGAGGGAAAUGGAGGCUAGAGAUUUAAUGGUCUAAUUGUCGAGGUUUCUUGAUAUAUGAAUUAUAUAAGGUGUCAAUUGGGCAUGAAGUA